ACAUACGCGACGAUACUUUGUUUUUUUUUUUCUUUCUAAGUAGUUUCAGGUUUUUCACCAUUGUAACUUAAAUGCACUGAUUGUAACAUUACGAUGUCUUGAUGUAACUCACCGUUUUCGAUUUAGUGUUUGAAGCUUGAACUCAAGGCGGAAGAGUGUAAACCUGCUAUGGCUGAUACAACAGAGAAGAAAUCAUUUGUUUUUGGGGUCCUAUCCAAGCGCCACCAACGACAAUUAUCAAGUGUUCGACACAAGACCACAAUUCAGCAUGCUACACGACCUGAUCUACCAAAGCUGGCCUAUAGGAAACUGAAAGGGAAGAGUCCUGGAGUGGUUUUCUUGCCUGGGUUUGCCUCUGUCAUGGGUGGACAGAAGGCAGAAGCAUUAGAGGAGUUCUGCAAGUCUUUAGGUCACUCAUACCUCAGGUUUGACUAUUCUGGCUGUGGUUCAUCUGAAGGGGAAAUGGGUAACUACAACAUUGGUGCCUGGAAGAAAGAUGUGCUCUAUGUACUGGAUGAACUAGUAGAAGGGCCACAGAUUCUGGUGGGCUCCAGCAUGGGUGGGUGGCUGAUGUUGCUCGCCGCUCUCGCACGGCCAGAGAAGACAGCUGCUUUAGUGGGCAUCUCCACAGCUGCAGAUCACUUCGUCACAGCCUUCAACUCCCUACCGAUAGAGACAAAGAGGGAGAUAGAGGAACAGGGCUUUUGGAAAUUCCCUACCAAGCACAAUGGAGAGGGUUUCUACACUCUGAGCAUGGACUUUCUGAAGGAGGCGGAGAACCACUGCAUACUCCAGAGCCCCAUCCCUGUCUCCUGCCCCGUUCGUCUGAUUCACGGCCUCAAGGACCCUGAUGUUCCCUGGCACGUCUCCAUGCAGGUCGCAGAGCGGGUGCUCAGCAAUGACGUGGAUGUCAUCCUGCGCAAGCAUGGGCAACAUCGCAUGUCAGAGAAAGAUGACAUUAAGCUCAUGGUGUAUACUAUUGAUGACCUUAUCGAUAAACUGACCACAUUAGGGUGAGAAUGGGGCGUGAGUACAGUGUGAAAGAUGGGGAAAUCAGGUUUCAUCCAAAAAUUUAUCAUUUCUUUCCAGAGCCAUAUAUCUUACUUUCUUCCAUGGAAGCCCAUACAGUGACCAGGUGCUGCCAUGCUCAAAAAAGUCUGUUUGAGUCAUGUGCUAUAUUCCUUCUGUAGUGACCUGAAACUGUAUGAUAGCUUUGCAGAAGGGACAGGCCAACAUUUAAAGGAGAAGUUC